AGUCGACUGCGCGCUGCAGUAUCAGUCGGCGGCGAGCAGACUCGUUCUAGAGGUUGCUCGGUCCACAGCGCCACGAUCGGGGGUCCACGGCCAAGCCGCGCCCCCCGCGCCCGGGCCGACGCCACGCGUCGGACGCUCCUCCGACGCAAUGAUCGGCGCCUCGGGUCAGGCGUGGCGUGUCCCGGGUGUCCGAGCUGCCAUUGCGCUCGAACUGGGUUUGUGGCUCGCAUGGACGCCGGGAAUUUGUGGUCAAGCCACGGCGUCGACGCUGUGGAAGCAAGCUGGGACGGCUGCGUGGAGGACGAGCACACGCGACGGCCUAGCCACGUCGUGGGCCUCAGCCCUCUUCGCAGUCUGCGCGCUGUGCCGCGUGGCACCGUUCUUCAAGCCCCAGCAUGCCCCAGCAUCAACAUGUGGCUUGGCACGCCCUGUUCAUGCCUUCGCCCGAGGCCGAGGCGGAGGGCGGAGGGCCAAGCGAGCGCGCCAACUCGGAUGCGUUCGAGCGCCCGACGUAUGCUCUUAGCGGCUUGCCUCGCACCCCCCACGCCAUGCCGUCUUGAUGGGCUGUCCGUCGCGCCGAGCGCCACACCCACACAGCAUGCAGAAGCGCAUCCUUCAUGCUCGGGUGUGCACCGCAGGCGGAGCUCAAGAUGCGAGUGCGCCUGCAGCCGAGCGAGAGAGAGAGGCGCGGGGAGAUGCGGCCUCGCAGUCGCUGCUGCACCCUGGCGGCCAGCGCAACACCCAAGCCUCGCCUGUCCCUGCUGCAGAUGGAUGCAUCGUGCAGCGGCGCGGAGGCCCAAAACGGCCCAGCGUGGAGCACUCAGCCUCAGCAUGCAGGGGUGUGGAAGCACAGCAUCGCAGACGUAGAGCGGCAGCUGCCAUGCGCAUGUCCGCUGCGGCUCGUCUGUCCAACUCUUACUCGCGAGGGGCGCGAGAGGGAGGAGGGGAGAUG